CUCCAAUAGAUUUCUCCUCCGUCUCUGCAGAUACUCUCACCGGAGUUUUUCUUGCAGAGAUCCCUUCGCUCUUUUUUUUUUUUUUACGUAAAAUCUUGCCGGAGCGAAAUCCAGAGAUGGCGUCGAGGACUUCCCUUGCCGUGUUUGCCUUGUUCGCCUUCAUCUUCUCCGUCGUCUCGCCUCUCGCCGGCGCUCAGUCAGCCCCUGCUCCGGCUCCCACAAGCGAUGGGACAGCGAUUGAUCAGGGGAUAGCGUAUUUGCUAAUGGUGUUGGCGUUGGUGCUGACGUACCUCAUUCACCCCCUGGAUGCGUCUUCCUACAGCUUCUUCUGAAUUGCGGGUCAUUGUUGAUGUUUGGGGUUUUGGCUUUCUGGAUCCAUCCAGGCUCCUACAAUGUGAAAACUGAGGUCAUUUGUUUAUGAUUGGUGUGAUUCCUGGAUUCUGGUUCCGGAGAUUGUUAUUUGAUCAGAGAUUAUUGUUCCUUCUUCCUCCA